UAUCUGAAAAAUUAUAGCUAAAAUUACUAUUUGUUGAUUUAUCGACAUAUAAGUAAAACGAAAAGGAAGCUCAACAAUUUACUACUACUACUAGUGCACAAAUGUACAAGUGUACAACCAGCAAGUCACUGUGGAGGCAGUAAGGAAAGACGGUUCUUUUAUUGUCAGGGCAAGACAGAAAUUACCCACCAAAUCUCCAGUUCCCCAUCUCCAUUCCGCGGCGGAUCUCUUCUCUUCUCCCUCCAUCGCCACCGGAGCGCAAGAUUUGCUCCGCCUCCGCCAUGUGCUGCUUCGACGACUGCUGCUGCGGCUGCUACGACUCGUUCUGCGACCGGUGCUGCUCCUGCAUCUCGUACGACACGCGGGAGACCAUCUUCGGCCUCUGCAUCUGCUUCCUCGUGCUCGCCGCCGUCGUCCUCUUCGUCGUGCUCCUGGCCGCCUACGGCUUCAUCCGCCACGUGGAGGUCGCCGUCGAGGCCGCCUCGCUGACCAGGUUCGCCCUCGUGACGACCCCGGCCACCGCGUUCGCCUACAACCUCUCCCUCACGCUCACCGUCCGCAACCGGAACUGGGCCAUGAGCAUCAAGAACACCGAGCCGCUGGAGGCCGACUACAGCUUCGACGGCCAGCGGUUCGACCGCGUCAAGCUCGCCGGCGAGGGGGACGUCCACCCGGCCGGCAAGACACGGGUGUACCACCUCGACUCCGGCGCGGGCGCCGCGUACGUGGCGCUCGGGAACGCCGGCGUCGCCGAGUUCGGGAAGGAGAACGCCACGGGGCUGUUCCAGGUGGAGGUGGCGCUCGCCGGCGAGGUCAGGUACCAGGCCCACUUCACCAAGUGCAAGCUGGCCGCGACGUGCCCGCUCAAGCUGCAGCUCGCGACGCCCGGGACGCCGGCCGUCGUCUUCCAGAAGGUCAAGUGCAAGCUCGCCAAGCCCGACAAGAACUGCUAGCUUAGCUAGCCAGCCGGCCGAAUGGCGAGUGUUGUUGGAUUUAUUUUUAAGAGAUGAGCUAGUGAUUGACGAUUGCGCUGGAUUUGGUAAAAAUUUGUAGCAAGGAGCACAGUAAUUUGUUUGAAUUGGAAUUGUUGGUAAAUUUGUGGCUAGUUUGUUGGAAUUUGUACCGAGCAUCCUGUUUGAUUGGAGGCGAGUUUGUGUAAUUCUUGAGUCGUUUGUGAACAGGAUUUCACAAACUGGAUAGGAUGUGGAGAGAGUUUCUCUCUAUCCGGGAGUUCAGAAGAUUUGUGUCUCGAAA